AUGGGCAGGAGCCAGGCUCAGGCUGCAGCGGGGGCUCGCACCUUCGUGGCCGUGAAGCCGGACGGGGUCCAGCGGCGCCUCGUCGGGGAGCUGGUGGGGCGCUUCGAGAGGAAGGGCCUCGCCCUCGUGGGCAUGAAGCUCGUGCAGGCCCCCGAGGAGCUGCUGAGGGAGCACUACGUCGCCCUGCGGGACCGGCCCUUCUACAGCCAGCUGGUGAAGUACAUGAGCUCCGGGCCCGUGGUAGCCAUGGUCUGGCAGGGCCUGGAUGCGGUCAAGACAGUUCGCACGAUGAUUGGGGAGACUAACCCGGCUGACUCCAGACCCGGCACCAUCCGAGGAGACUUCUGCACUGACAUCACCAAGAACGUGAUUCACGGCAGCGACUCAGUUGAGAGUGCCCGGCAGGAGAUCUCCCUCUGGUUCCGUCCAGAGGAGCUGAUUUGCUGGGAAGACACAGCUGAGCACUGGAUCUACGGCUGAGUGCUGGAUCUACGCGUGAUAAGAGCAGCCUGAGGGAAGUGUGUCUUCCUGGCUGGGGCAUGAUGCAUUUCCAUCCAUUUCAUUUCAGCCCAUUAGGCUGGCUGUGGAUUCUGCUGCAGCAUCAGGUGCUGUUGGGGGUUUCUAUUUUGGGUGUGGGUGGAGGGGUUCUGGGAGCAGUUCAGCUCCUUGCAAUAGUAGCUAUUCUUUUUUCUUGUCUGCUGUAGUAAGUAGUUAGUGUCGCUGUUCUAUUUGCUGUAGCAUCCUAAAAUCCCAAGUAGCUCUAGGUGAUUUGCCGAAGGAAAGCAAAAACUGGGCUCUGUGCUCUUUACAGUAUGUAGGGCAGGCCUGCAUGGUAGAGUAGAACAGAUGCUCCCAACCACUAGGACAGGUGCUCUGAUCACCGGACAAGAGUGAUCUGGUCAGUAUCAUCUACCUGGAUUUCUGCAAGGUUCUUCACCAAAUUUUAAAGUUAAGCUGCUAUGGGAUAAGGGGGAAGGUUCCUCCAUGGGUUAAAAAAGCUGCUUCCAAGAUGAGGAAUGAAAGAUAAGAACUGGUCUCUUUUCUUUCUGUUGGUGGAAGGCCGUGGUGGGAGUUCUGCAGGGUGCAUGUGGGGACUGUGCUAGUUCACCUGGCUUCAGAAGUGAUUUAGAGAAUCCAUGAAAGGAGAAUUCACUAAAUGCUGUUGAACACAUAAACACUGCCUCUGCUUUCAAGAAUCCCUGGGCUGCGAGUGUUGGAGUGGGGAAAUGACUUGUCUAGAUCUGCUCUAUUUUUCGUAGGCCUCUACUGCUGGGCUACAUAGACUCUGGCCUGAUCCAGUACAAUCAGUCUGACUGUACUAAUGUGACUGAACUAAUGAAAGAACAGCAUUGUACAAACUAUGAGAGUAGAAGGGGAAGAGUGAGGUGGGAAAGGUUUUGGGCUCGGAAGGAAUUAGGACUGUGCAGACCUCUGUACUGCACAGUGCAGGCUGUGGGGUCUUAGCACAAGGCUCUGGGAGAUCAUGAGACAUCUUGUUUGAUGGUAAGGUUCCCUUUCAGAAAUCAUUUCUGGAAAACCACAACCCCCCCAAAUCUUUGGAUUCCAUGCCCUGAAUGUGUUACGUGUUACAUUCUUACUGGAACGUCAAACUUGUGUAUUAACAUCCUGGAUCUUUAACAGUGUUUAAUUGGUUAUCUGAAAGAAGCUAUUAAUGAUUACCUUCAUCAGCUCCUCCCAGCUGAUAAUAUAAAAGCUUACAGAGUGGCCUCUGCCUUGCCCUCCCUCCAAACCAGAGGAGGCUUCUGAGGAAAAACAUGUGCAGCAAAUCAAUUUAAAAAUCCUGACCCUAAACCAUUUCAUGUGCUAGGAGAAGUGGAGAAGUGCACAGAGCCUCUCCUAUGUGAGUGUAUCAAAAGGUGCAGCGGGCAGCCCAAGGGGCACAGGGACAGCUCCCACGGCCUGCGCUUCCACACCUCACUGCUAAGCUGCUUGCAUUGGCCAGAAGACAUUGCUUGUGGUGCUGCACCCCAGCCUGCCCCGGGACUGCAAUGCAGGGUUACAAAGGCUGACGCAGCUUAGUGACCCUCGACGACGUGUUCCCUACGUACGGGGCAAAGUGGCCCGGGGGAGGAGGUGGCUCAGAGGCCUUCUAACUGCUCCUGCUGUGAACCUUCCACCUUUGGAGAGGCCUCUCUGCUUCCACUGACAGCAGGGGUUGUCACAGGAGAUCCUCAAGGUCACCUGUGUGAAUAUGUCCCUUCAGACCCAGGUCCCAUCUUUGCCUGCUGCCUCUUCAGGUUUUCACGCUGCUGACCAUUCCUUAAAGCUGCAUUGUGUCUGAGCCCCCUGCACGGCCUUGGCAGCACAUUAAGGCAGGGACAGUGGCGUUGCAUUCUGCCAUGGAAUAGGAGUAGUUUUAAAUCCAAGGGACCAAGGUCCCCCAGAGCUUUGUUGCACGUAGACUGAGAUGUGUUUUGCCCAUGCCCUCAACACUUGUUUCUCUCUCCCGCUGACCUAGCUUUGAAGCUGCUGGGGAAUGAAUGCAGCUCCACAGGGGCAGAGAGUAAACUCAAUCCCCGCUUCCACCUCUAGGCUGGCCUACAGCAUCCUGAGGCUGGGCAGAGAAACACUGAUAGACAUGAGAACAGGCACUGACUGGGAACAGAGGGUCUUCCUCCAGCGACCACGGUUUUCUUCAGCUGGCUGAUUAAAGCAUGCAGUUUCUUUGCAGCCACUGGCAGCCAGGGCUUCUCCUGCCUGCAGAGCCCUGCCAAGAGGUUGUUUACAGCUCCAAAUAUAUUAUAGAUUCUGUUUGGUCCCAGAGCAGUCAUGCAUUUGCUUUUUUAUAAUAAACUUGGACAGUCCUGUUGUCUCUUC